AAAUUUUGUAUAUUCAACAGACUACAUUUUUCAAAUGUCAAAGUUGUAGGUCAUCGGCAUAAAGAAAGCCCAAAAUCACAAUUUUACAUUGCACUCUCCCGGCAUAAGAACUAUGUGGAACACUCUAUAAUUCGACAACCCGUCGGAUCGUUGGCAGGAGAAUAGUUGCAACGUCAUAGUUUAGCAAUAGUGCAGAAGGAAGAGUUAUCCCGAGCUAUUCAGUUCACAUCGCGAAUCCGCUGGAAUAGUUGUACCAAAUCGACGGAUGUGUGAAGAAAAUUGAAAAGCAGUGGUUUGAAGAUUAUGAAGGUGGUUUUUGGUUUAAGCUAGACGGUUGUAUAUGCGUUGAUGAAAUAAUAAUUAAAUUAUAGCCACAUUUAUAAUAUAGUUCAAAACUUAUGUAUUUGUUGAUCUGGUGUUUUAUUGAUUAAAAAAUAGUUUACUUCAGAGUUAUGACACCGUAGUAACUUUUUAAGGAAAUAGGAUCUCGUAGUGUUCUUUGGCCAUGCAUCACAUCGGACGACUGCAGUAAGGUACCUCAAGCCCGGUGCUCAAUUUACGGUUUCUGCCAGUGCCCGGCGGGUUAUGUGUUUUCCACCGACGUUACCCGCUGCCUUCCCGAGUCACUGUAUGGGGUAGCGUGUGAGGAAGCGGUACAGUGUUCUCAUAUGCUUACCGGUGCCAAGUGCGAGGCCGGUUUAUGUACCUGUGAUACCGAUUACACCUACGUUCGUGGGCGAUGCCGUCAGUUAGCAAAUCUACACGAAUCCUGCAGUGAAGAUAUCGACUGCUUCUUUAGCUAUAAUCGAGAGGCAGUAGUAUGCCGGCAUGGAUCUUGCCAGUGUGCACCGGGAUUCUACGAAAGAAGCACCAACGUUUGCAGACGUGAAGUUACUCUUGGAGAGGCUUGCCUAGUGAAUCAGGAUUGUAUCGGCGAUGAACUGGAAUGCCAUGGCGAUAAAUGUGUAGAUGUCACUGAAACGAAAACGUUUAGGGAUGUCGGCGUACAGGCCAGAUCACUGGAAAAAGUGGAGACGAAAGAAAGAACGUGGACUGAUCGCCAGCAGCAGACGAGCAAGCAAAGUAGCUGCAAUAAUGAGAUUAGCAACGAUGUACGCAAAGAAAGCAGCUCCAGUGGUACUAGCGCGAAACGUUGUGAUACGACAGCAGUGUUCGGAGACUCAUGCACGGAUGAAAUGCAAGAAUGCGCUGGUUUGCCAUAUUCGGUGUGCAAAAUGGGUCAAUGUCAUUGCCGGGAAGGAUUCUAUCAUGUACAGGGGGCUUGCAAGGCAGAACUGGGAGAGUACGUUCUUUCCGCUGAGGAUUGUGGUGGAGGAAAUAUGUCCCCGGAAGGUCGAUGCGUUUGUGCGAACAAUCUAUUUUAUAACUAUAACAUGAGGACCUGUUUGAAAGGUGUUCUUGGCAUCAACUCGUCGUGCACUGCUAGCAGCCAGUGUUCACCAUAUGGCGAUGCAUACUGCCCUCAAGUAUCGCCCAAAAGAUGUUACUGUUAUCCGUAUGCUGCGUACGACGCCCAACAACAGAUGUGUGUUCACAAAAAAGGAUACGAGGAGUAUUGCGAGAAAGAUGAACACUGCACGCUGGCAAACGCACGCUGUACUGAGGUUAACACAUGCGUGUGCAAGCCAAACUAUUUCUACGUUAACGAACUGUGCAAAGCCGCGAAGGAUGGGACAUGUGACACGGAAGCAGAUUGUGGAUUCGACAAGGCAAAGUGUGAGGGGGAGGAUGAAACCAAACCGAAGAAAUGCGACUGUGUGAAGGGACAUCUUUACCAUGAGAAUACGUGCCUAAAGGAAGCAGAAAAAUACGAGGAGGAGUGCGUAGUUAAUGAGCAGUGUCAGCCAUUGCUUGGGAAGCUUGCCAAAUGUAAAGACAGCAAGUGUCGGUGUGACGAGAGCGACACGCAUUACAAGGACGGACAGUGCCAUGUGAAGAAAACCCUGAGCGAACGAUGUGACCGGUCUAGCGAAUGUUUCGUUCAGGACGCAGCCGACAACGUGGAGUGUCGCAACUCAUCGUGUCAGUGCAAGUUCGACUAUUCCCCGGAUGUUGAGCGUCAGCGUUGUGUGAAGCCCGUUAAAGGGAGAAAUGCAUCCGGGCGGCCCAGUGCGUUGAAGAUAAUUACCCUACUACUAACCAGUGCGGCUGUGUUGAUAACGGGAUCAGCUUUACGAGAUGCCUAUUAUGCGUAGUGAUAGACGGAUUGAAAGUCGCUAAGCAACUGACUCUGUUUGAUUAAAAAAAAGUUAGAUUUAAUUUGUCGAUAAUAGGUAUAGAUGCAUAUCAAAGCUGACAAUUCAUAGCAAUUCAAAUAAUUAUAUAGUGACAAUGACUGCAGCAACGUAAUUACACCUAUGAUAAACCGAUUACGCGGCAUUAUUUAAAGGCUACAUCUAGUGUAUAGCAUGAACGAAGCAUAAAUUUAACUACCCCUUUGCACAUGUAGAUAACAGUGGAAGUUUUGUUAAAAAACAGUCGAAGCUAAUGGUUAUGAUAUUAUGCUAGGUACAUUGUAGUCUUGAAAAUAAAAGCAAUAAUUUUAACUCUUUAA